UUGACUGGCAGGCCUUCUUUUUUGUCGCUUCCUGUGGAAGGGAAGGAAUGAGCCGGACGGCGCUGCCACUGCAGCUCUUGAGGAUGGCUUCCGUUGGACCUGCCUACUACACCGUACUGUAAGCGUCUCUCGCAGAGAAGAAUGGAGCUCCUUGAAGAAGACCUUACAUGUCCCAUUUGUUGUGGCUUGUUUGAUGAUCCACGGGCAUUGUCUUGUUCACAUAACUUCUGCAGGAAAUGUUUGGAAGGGAUCUUAGAGGGAAAUACUCGGAAUGUGAUUUGGAGACCAUCACCUUUUAAAUGUCCCACAUGUCGAAAGGAAACUACAGUAACAGGGGUUAACAGUCUCCAAGUUAACUAUUCACUAAAAGGCAUUGUGGAAAAAUAUAAUAAGAUUAAAAUAUCAACAAAAAUGCCUGUCUGUAAAGUGCACAGUGGUCAGCCUCUUAAUAUUUUUUGCCAGACAGACACACAGCUGAUAUGUGGCAUUUGUGCCACUCGAGGAGAUCACAUAAAACAUCUCUUUUGCUCUAUUGAGGAUGCUUACUGUCAAGAAAAACGUGCUUUUGAGACACUGUCCCAAGUGUUUGAAGCAUGGCACUGUGGAGACGCACUUUCUCGACUAGGAACUUUGGAAACCAGUAAACGAAAAGCUCUUCAGAUGUUGACAAAGGAUUAUGACAGAGUAAAAGAUUUUUUUGAGAAAUUACAGUAUACCUUGGAACAAAAGAAGAAUGAGAUCCUCUCAGAUUUUGAAACCAUGAAGCUUGCAGUUAUGCAGGCCUAUGAUCCAGAAAUCAACAAACUGAACACUAUCAUACAAGAGCAGGAAACUGCAUUUAAUAUUGCAGAAACAUUUAAGGAUGUAUCUGAACCCAUUUUGUUUUUACAACAGAUGCAAGAUUUUAGAGAGAAAAUCAAAGUAAUAAAGGAAACUAGAUUGCCUUGUGUUACAGUAGACAUCAAAUCUACAAUUAAGGAUGUUGAUACUAGUCAGUGGGAACAAUUUAAGCUAGCAGAUGUGGAUAAACUUUCACUACCUCAAGAGAAAAGCUCUUUCAGUUGGGUGACAAACUUGUUCCUUUCACCAUGUUUUUUUGUAACUGCUUUGUUUUGUUUGCUGGUUGUUGUUACUCAAGUAUGUAUUACAGAUUUUUGGGGCAAUACUUUUCAGCAUUGGAAAACUUUUGUUUCUACAUUUGGCCCAGGUUAUCUGACAGACCCAGCAGAGAUGGCAGAUCAUGCUAUUCUGUACUGGGAAAAAGUAGCAGAUAGUGCUGCUGUUCUAAGUGAAAAAUGUGUAAAUUAUAUUCAUGUGUUGUUGAAUAAUGUUGCCCAAUUUGUGUGCAUGUAUAAACUUCUAUAAAUCUAUUCAUGUUCAGGAAGUAUAUUUUCAAAAUCAGUAUUAGAUUUUUUUUUAAAAUGUAAACAUUUUUGAUAUUUGAAAUGGUCAUAAUUCAUAUAUUGAACUAUUCUGCAACUCUCAUGUUAAAAGCUGACUACCUUUAUUGUUUUCUGAAAGUAAAACUACAUGACUUGAUUUUUUUAGAAAGUAAUAUGCAUAGUGGAACAUAUAAAUCUUUUUGAUUUAUAAAAUAUGGUUGAGUUUCAGAUUGGAGUAUAAGUUGGAAAGAUAUUUGCAUGGAAAUAUAAUAUAUAAAUAAUGAUUGUAUAUUACUACCACAAGUCCUGGUCCUUCAGAAAUAUUGCAAAUUUUGUAAUUUGUUAUGGUAUAUGUGAACAUAGGAAGUAACAAUGUAUUAACUUUUGUAUGCUUAUAAACAACUCUCUACAAAAUGAAA